CGCUCCCUUCGCUCGUGGCUCCACCCGCCGUUGUAACCCAAAACCCGCUAUGGAGCAUGCCUUUACCCCGCUGGAGCCCCUGCUACCUAAGGGAAACCUGAAAUACUGCCUUGUGAUUCUUAAUCAGCCUUUGGACACACACUUUCAUCAUCUUUGGGAAAAAGCUCUCUUCAGAGCCUGUGCUGAUGGAGGUGCCAACCGGUUAUAUGAUAUCACUGAAGGAGAGAGAGAAAGCUUUUUGCCUGAAUUCAUCAGUGGGGACUUUGAUUCUAUUAGGCCUGAAGUCAGAGAUUACUACACCGAGAAGGGCUGUGAUCUUAUUUCAACUCCUGACCAAGACCACACAGACUUUACCAAGUGUCUUAAAGUGCUCCAAAGAAAGCUAGAAGAAAAAGAGCUCCAGGUUGACAUGAUUGUGACCUUGGGAGGCCUCGGUGGGCGUUUUGACCAGAUCAUGGCAUCUGUGAAUACCCUUUUCCAAGCUACUCACAUCACUCCUUUGCCGAUUAUAAUAAUUCAAGAGGAAUCUCUCAUCUACCUCCUCCAACCAGGAAAGCACAGGCUCCAUGUAGACACUGGGAUGGAAGGCAGCUGGUGUGGCCUUAUUCCUGUUGGACAGCAUUGUAACCAUGUGACAACAACGGGCCUGAAAUGGAACCUCUCAAAUGAUGUGCUUGGCUUUGGAACACUGGUCAGUACUUCUAACACCUACGAUGGGUCUGGCCUCGUCACUGUGGAAACUGACCACCCGCUCCUCUGGACCAUGGCCAUCAGGAGCUAACCUGCAGUGUGGACACAUCUUGUGCCUAUGCCUUCCCUUAUCUGCGCAGUGCUUCAUUGCUCAACAUGAACACUCACCUAGGAGGGCAGAGACCUAUACUUUGCCAUAGGAAGCCACGGGCUUUCAGGAUGUU